CUGUUCUGUGGAAAGGGGCGGAAGGAGAGGGAGGAAAAAAAGAAAAAGGGAACAGAAACAUGGCCGUCAGCUGUCGGGGCAGUAGUGCAGCACGCAGCUCCUAGGCAACCCGCCGCCCGCACUACCGGCCUCCGGUGAGCCGAGGCGCCGGCGCGAGCUCGCGCUCCCGGCUGUUACCCCUCGUUGCAAGCGGCGCCCCUCGAGACCCAGCCCGGGAGGCGGCGCAGGCGCAGAGCGGUCGGUGGUGGCGGCAGUGGCGGCGGCGGCCGCCAGAGCAAGUCCCCUGCCCUGCCGAGGGCGCCCAGGCCCGAAGCCGGCGCUUUCAUGCCCCAGGAAGGGGCUGUGCCCGGGUGGCGCUGAAGGAGGAGCGGGCGGCAGGAUAUAUAGAAGCAGCCAUGAUAGAAGACAAAGGGCCAAGAGUGACUGACUACUUUGUUGUGGCAGGUCUCACUGAUACAUCUACUCUUUUGGAUCAAGAAAUAAAUCGUUUAGAUACUAAGUCUACUGGACCUAAAGCUCCAAUUACAGACAUUGCAGUUAUUAACAAAUCAGCUGGGGAAACAGUACCUGAGGGUUACACCUGUGUUGAAGCCACUCCGUCAGCUCUCCAGGCAAACUUGAACUAUGGAAGUCUGAAAAGCCCAGAACUGUUCCUCUGUUAUAAGAGAGGGAGAGAUAAACCACCCCUUAUUGACAUUGGAGUUUUAUAUGAUGGGAAAGAAAGGCUAAUUCCAGGAUGUGAAGUGAUCCAAGCCACACCCUAUGGUCGCUGUGCCAAUGUCAACAAUAGUUCAACUACUUCACAAAGAAUCUUUAUCACUUAUCGAAGGGCUCCUCUAAUUCGACCCCAGAAUUCGUUGGCUGUAACUGAUAUCUGUGUUAUCGUAACCAGUAAGGGAGAAACCCCUCCUCAUACCUUCUGCAAAGUUGACAAAAACUUAAAUUGCGGAAUGUGGGGUUCCAGUGUGUUUCUGUGUUAUAAGAAGUCUGUGCCUGCUUCUAAUGCAAUAGCGUAUAAAGCUGGUUUAAUUUUUAGGUAUCCAGAAGAGGACUAUGAGUCAUUUCCGCUCUCGGAAUCUGUCCCUCUCUUCUGCCUUCCGAUGGGAGCUACAAUUGAAUGUUGGGAUCCCCAAAGCAAAUACCCGCUUCCAGUUUUUUCAACUUUUGUCCUCACAGGCUCUUCUGCUGAAAAGGUAUAUGGAGCUGCCAUCCAGUUUUAUGAACCUUACUCUCGAGAACUUCUAACAGAAAAACAGCUUAUGCAGCUGGGCCUGUUGACACCUGUGGAGAGAAGAAUGGUCUCCAAAUCCAUCAAUUCAAACAAAUGCAUUUGUUUACUCUCACACUGGCCUUUUUUUGAAGCUUUUAGAAAAUUUCUCAUGUUUAUCUACAAACUUUCUGUGUCUGGACCACAUCCUCUUCCCAUUGAAAAGCACAUUUCACAUUUUAUGCAAAACAUCCCUUUUCCUUCACCACAAAGACCAAGAAUCCUGGUACAGCUGUCAGUCCAUGAUGCGUUAAUAUUAUCACAACCAGUUUCUACACCUUUACCACUAAGUGGAGCCAACUUUAGCACCUUGUUAAUGAAUCUGGGUCCUGAGAAUUGUGCAACACUGCUGCUCUUUGUUUUACUUGAGAGCAAGAUUUUGCUGCAUUCUCUUAGGCCAGCUGUGUUGACUGGAGUAGCUGAAGCUGUUGUAGCUAUGAUCUUUCCAUUUCAGUGGCAAUGCCCAUAUAUUCCCCUUUGUCCUCUUUCACUGGCAGCAGUGCUUAGUGCACCUUUACCAUUUAUAGUUGGAGUUGACUCAAGGUAUUUUGAUCUUCAUGACCCACCACAAGAUGUUGUUUGCAUUGACUUGGAUACAAACAUGUUAUAUGUAUCAGAUGAAAAGAAGAACAUGAACUGGAAGCAGCUUCCCAAAAAGCCAUGCAAAAGUCUGAUUAGCACCUUGAAGAAAUUGUAUCCCCAGCUAUCUUUGGUUCACCGAAAAACUCAGGAAGGUUCAGCGAUUGAGAUGACUCCAAUUGAAGCAGAUUUCUCCUGGCAAAAGAAGAUGACACAACUUGAGAUGGAAAUUCAAGAGGCAUUUUUGCGCUUUAUGGCAUCCAUUUUAAAAGGAUACAGAACAUAUCUCAGACCAAUCACAGAGGCUCCUUCAAAUAAAGCCACAGCUGCUGAUUCAUUGUUUGACCGACAGGGAUUUUUAAAAAGUCGAGAUCGUGCCUAUACAAAAUUCUACACCCUUUUAACCAAAACACAGAUUUUUAUUCGUUUCAUUGAAGAAUGUAGUUUUGUAAGUGAUAAAGAUACUGGAUUGGCUUUUUUUGAUGACUGCAUAGAAAAGUUGUUUCCUGAUAAAGGCACAGAGAAAACAGAUAAGGUUGAUUUUGAUUCAGCAGAAGAUACCAAAUUGAUAGAGCUAGAUGAUUCACAGAAAAGUGAGCAUACUGUGUUCAUAAUGCCACCCGAGCCACCGCCUGAUGAUGGAAAGGAUCUGUCACCAAAGUACAGUUACAAAUACUUUCCAAGACUGGACCUUAAGCUUUUUGACAGACCACAGGAGUUGAAACUUUGUUUUAGUAGACACCCUACUGGGAGUAGCAUUACAAACAGUCCAGCUCUCAUGGCUAAGAGAACUAAACAGGAGAUAAAAACAGCUCAUAAGCUGGCGAAGAGAUGUUAUACAAAUCCACCACAAUGGGCCAAGUGUCUCUUCAGUCACUGUUACAGUUUAUGGUUUAUUUGUCUCCCAGCCUAUGUUAGAGUUUCUCAUCCUAAGGUCAGAGCACUUCAGCAGGCAUAUGAUGUACUUAUUAAGAUGAGGAAAACAGAUGUGGAUCCUCUAGAUGAGGUGUGCUAUCGAGUAGUAAUGCAGCUUUGUGGACUUUGGGGUCAUCCUGUCUUAGCAGUGAGAGUUUUAUUUGAAAUGAAAACUGCUAAAAUAAAGCCAAAUGCUAUUACUUAUGGCUAUUAUAAUAAGGUAGUUUUGGAGAGCCCGUGGCCUAGCAGUACCCGCAGUGGUAUCUUCUUAUGGAUGAAGGUACGGAAUGUGGUACGUGGCUUGGCACAAUUUAGGCAGCCACUUAAAAAUACCGUGCAAAAGUCACAGGUCUCCUCACUAUCAGCUCCUCAAAAUGCCACAGGUGGAAGUGAUGGGGACACGGUGAGCCACGGUAGUGUGGAUAGUUCUAAUGAUGCUAACAGUGGGGAGCACGCAGUCUUCGUCAGAGAUUUAAUCAGGCUUGAUUCCACUGAUAAUCACUCUAGCACAGGUGGUCAGUCUGACCAAGGCUAUGGGUCUAAGGAUGAACUUAUAAAGGAUGAUGCAGAAAUUCAUGUGCCUGAAGAACAAGUAUCAGGAGACUUGAUAACUAAAACAAAAGUGCCAACAGAAGAGGUAUGCGAUGUCUCUGCUGUUGUGGCCAAACAUUCACCACCUAGUGCAGAGCCCCAGAGUCCUACUGAACCUCCUGCAUGGGGCGGCAGUAUUGUGAAAGUUCCAUCUGGUAUAUUUGAUGUCAACGGCAGGAAAAGUAGCACUGGUAGUACAUCAAAUGUACUGUUUUCUACUCAAGAUCCAGUUGAAAAUGCAGUCUUUGGUGAAGUUACUAAUCUCAAGAAGAAUGGUGAUAGAGGAGAAAAAAGACAAAAGCAUUUUCCAGAGAGAAGCUGUAGUUUUAGUUCUGAAAGUCGAGCAGGAAUGUUGCUUAAGAAGAGCAGUUUGGACUUGAAUUCAAGUGAAGUGGCUAUCAUGAUGGGAGCAGAUGCCAGGAUUCUCACAGCAGCAUUGACGAGUCCUAAGACUUCUCCACUUCAUAUUGCAAGAACCCAUAGCUUUGAGAGUAUUAGCUGUCAUCCAGCUGACACUAGGACUCGUGUGUCUGAAAGCACUUGGGAUUCUGAGCGCAGAUCUUCAUCGGUGUUAGAGAUGCUUGAGGAAAGCCAAGAGUUCAUAGAACCUGUGGUUGAUGAAAAUGUAGCUAAAACUACUGUGACAAUGGAUGCAUGUGACAGCCUACAAAAUGACAGUAAUCAGUCCAGAGACUUGAAAGCAGGAUCCAAAGAUCUAGUAAAUAAGAGAAGUAGUUUAUGUGGUGUUGCUAAAGCUAUUGAGAGGGAAGAUGUUGAAACUGGACUAGAUCCUUUGUCACUUUUAGCCACUGAAUGUAUAGGAGAAAAAACUCCUGAUUCAGAAGAUAAGUUGUUUUCUCCAGUUAUUGCACGUAAUCUGGCUGAUGAAAUUGAAAGCUAUAUGAAUCUAAAGAGUCCCUUGGGUAGCAAGUCUUCUAGUAUGGAAUUACAUGAAGAGGGAAACAGAGAGCCUGGCACUACCAGUGCAUUUAUUCACCCUUUAGAGAGGAGAUCAAGCCUACCUUUAGAUCAUGGUCUUGCAGCACAGGAAAGUCCUGAAAGUGAAAAGAGCUCCCCUGCAGUGUCCAGAUCUAAAACUUUUACUGGGCGUUUCAGGCAACAAACUCCCUCUCGAGGUCAUAAAGAACGUUCAGCUUCUUUAUCAGCACUGGUCCGUUCUUCACCACAUGGCUCAUUGGGUUCUGUGGUAAAUUCUUUGUCAGGGCUAAAGCUGGACAAUAUACUCUCAGGGCCCAAGAUGGAUGUGCUAAAAUCUGGUAUGAAACAAGCAGCUACAGUAGCCAGUAAGAUGUGGGUAGCUGUAUCAUCUGCCUACAGCUAUUCAGAUGAUGAGGAGGAAACAAAGAGAGAUUACAGCUUCCCAGCUGGCCUUGAAGACCAUAUUUUAGGAGAGAAUAUAUCACCUAACACGAGUAUCUCAGGGCUGGUCCCUAGUGAACUUACCCAGAGCAACACAAGCCUUGGCAGUAGCAGCAGCAGUGGAGAUGUAGGUAAACUGCAUUACUCACCAGGUGAACUUCCAUUUCCAAGAGGCAUAAAAGGGCAGGACUUUGAAAAGUCAGAUCAUGGUUCUUCUCAAAACACCAGCAUGUCCAGCAUCUAUCAGAAUUGUGCAAUGGAGGUUUUGAUGUCAAGUUGUUCACAGUGCAGAGCUUGUGGAGCUUUAGUUUAUGAUGAAGAAAUUAUGGCUGGAUGGACGGCAGAUGAUUCAAACUUGAAUACAACCUGUCCCUUCUGUAAAAGCAACUUCUUGCCUCUUCUCAACGUAGAAUUUAAAGACUUGAGAGGCUCUGCAAGCUUUUUCCUGAAACCAAGUACGUCUGGUGACAGUUUACAAAGUGGAAGCAUUACACUGGCAAGUGAACCUUUGGAGCACAAACCCAUAUCCAGUUCAGCAGAACCUGACCUGAUCAACUUUAUGGAUUUCCCAAAACAUAACCAGACCAUAACUGAAGAAACAAGCUCUGCAGUUGAAUCAAGUGAUGAAAUAAUGAAAGCCAGUGGAGAUGUCCAAACUAUGAAAAUUUCACCUGUGCCUAAUAGUUUAUCAAAACGAAAUGUAUCUUUGACUAGAAGUCACAGUGUUGGAGGCCCCUUGCAAAAUAUGGACUUUUCCCAGAGACCGUUUCAUGGCAUUUCAACAGUUAGUCUUCCAAACAGUCUGCAGGAAGUUGUGGAUCCUUUAGGAAAAAGACCGAAUCCUCCCCCUGUUUCUGUGCCCUACUUGAGUCCUCUAGUGCUUCGUAAAGAACUUGAAUCUUUGCUAGAAAAUGAAGGCGAUCAGGUGAUUCACACGUCCUCUUUCAUCAAUCAACAUCCAAUCAUUUUCUGGAACCUCGUUUGGUAUUUCAGACGUUUGGACCUUCCUAGUAACUUGCCGGGACUUAUCCUCACAUCUGAACAUUGUAACGGAGGUGUACAGCUUCCCCUGUCAUCUCUGUCUCAGGAUAGCAAACUCGUGUAUAUUCAGCUGUUAUGGGAUAAUAUCAACCUUCAUCAGGAACCAGGAGAACCUCUGUAUGUCUCAUGGAGGAAUUUUAAUUCUGAAAAGAAAUUGUCUCUCCUGUCAGAGGAACAACAAGCAACAAGCGCUUUAGUAGAAACCAUCAGGCAGAGUAUUCAACAUAAUGAUGUUCUUAAACCCAUCAACCUGCUUUCACAACAAAUGAAGGGAGACAUGAAAAGACAAAGGAGUUUAUACAGAGAAAUCCUCUUCUUAUCAUUAGUAUCUCUUGGAAGAGAGAGUAUUGAUAUUGAGGCUUUUGACAAUGAGUAUGGACUUGCAUACAAUAGUUUAUCUUCAGAGAUUCUUGAAAAGUUGCAGAAAAUUGAUGCUCCACCAAGUAUCAGUGUGGAGUGGUGCAGGAAGUGUUUUGGAGCACCUCUCAUUUAAAUAAGAUUCACUAGAUUUUGGACACAGAACUGGGGGAAUAGAUUCAAUCUGGAGACAUUCAAGGUUUGUUUCAAAUUACGAAUUGGUGAACACUGAAAUGAAGUUAUUCUUGGGACAAUAGAUAAUGAAAUGUAAUUCAUACUGAAUCAUCUCAGAAGGUAAAAAUGCCACUAAAAUGCCCUAGGGUUUACUGAUGUUGAAGAUAUACAAUUUCUGAAUGGUUUUUAUCUGCUGAAAAUUGGUUUUGCAUUUCUCAGUAUUUGUAGCAGUUCGGUAAUGAGAAACCAUAUUCAUUCUUGGCGUUUUGUCUAUAUCUGAAGCUAUUGAGUUUGGGGAAUGGCAAAUUAAUGUAAACUUGCCUAACCCCAAAACAAACGAAAUCUCAAUUAUAAGAGCAACUAUUUGUGUAUUAUGUAUAUACGUGUGGCUGUGUAGGUGUGUAUCUACUCAGCCAUAUUAUAUUUAUUAAAAUUCUUAGAUUGCAUGUUGCAAUAGUUUUCUGAAAGGGGGUCUCCAACUAUUAAAUGACUACUACUAAAUUCAUAUGUAGUCAUUAAUCUCAAAAUUACCUGAAAGUCUGAUAACUGCCUUGCCUUUGACUUUAAAAUUAAUAUAUAUUUUUACCCUUCAUGUUAUGUAUUAGCUCCCUUAAUGGAUUGUAUCUUGAAUAUCCAGUUACUUCCUUUCAUCCUCUUCCCAGUAUCAUGUUAAUUUGCAACAGCUUUAAAAUUGGAAUAAAUGAGCCAGAUAGUUUAAAUGAAAUUAAUCAGCUUCAUAAUUUACGAAAUUAAAAUUCUUGUGUAUGUCUUUGGGCCUGAAAUUGUUCAGGCACAUAAAUUGUUGCUAUUGGUCACUUUUAAAAACCUGUGGGAUAACUUGCACUGCACACAGAAUUUUAUUCUUGUAUAAAAUUUAGAUUUGUACACUUAUUAUUUGUGCAUUUGUAAAUACUGUUUUUUAGGUUGAAUCAAUUAAGUCUUAAAACGUUAAAGCUUAUUAAACUUGUUGCCAGUAGGUUUAAGAAAAUCAUGACCUCACAUGCCUCACUCUGACAUUUAUCAUGCCUUUUGUUAAAACAUCCCUUAGGGACAGUAAAUUUGCCUUACCUCUCUGCAUGCAUGGUUUGAAAAGCCAAUGAUUGCAUGUGCUCGCUUUUACAGUAAUUAUGCAGAUGACUAAAUCAGUUGGUAAUUAUUUCCAAAUGGUACAGUUAACAGCACACAUCUCCUUUCUACCUGCUAUAAUCUUUUAAAAAUUGUUACUAUACCAGUCUUCCAACAUUUCAGGGUUAAUAAGACCUAUGCAGAAUCCUAGUUUCAAUUUAUUGUGAAAGUGCUAAGUGAAAGAACUUGUC